AUGAAGAAAGAUUUAGCUCAGAACUUAUUAUUCUCUCUUGACAAAUUUGAUGAUUGGAAAAUACGCAUGCAGGUACAUUUAUCCGCUCUUCACGAUGAAAUGUGGGAUGUUAUCUCAGAUGGUCCUAUUGAAAUCAUGAAGGUCAAUCCUUCAUCAAUCCUAAGCCCAGAUGGACCGCAGUAUGUUUCAAAGCCAAAGAUGGAAUGGACUUCUGACGAUAGAUUGCGAAGUAACCUGGACAAUAUAGCUAAGGAUAUACUGUUCAAAGCUGUGGAUGAUACAAUCUUCCCAAAAAUCCGUAAGUGCAAAACAGCUAAAGACGUGUGGGAUGUCUUAAUCCAAAUCGGCGAAGGAGACGAACAGGAAAAAGACAACAAACUCACAAUUGCAAUGAAGAAGUUUGAAGACUUCAAGAUGCUGCCAAGUGAAAACAUUGCGGACAUGGAGGCUAGACUGGUCAAAGUUUUGGGAGAAAUUAGUGAUCUUGGAAAGACCAUUAAUCAGAAAGAAAUCUCUCUCAAAAUACUCCGCGGACUACCGUCAAGCUGGGAUAUGAAAGUGACAGCCAUGCGAGAUCAUAGGGAUCUAAAAACUGUUUCAACUGACAAACUCUUUAGUGAUCUCAAAGCGUACGAGUUCGAGAUGAAAUCAAAACUUGAGGAGGAACGUGAAGAAAGAACCACAGCCUUAGUAGCCGAACAACCAUCAAACUCAAGGAAAUUCAAAAAAUUCAUGUGGAAAAACAACUUCAACAAUUCAUCUCAAAGAAAUCAAGGAAGUUCAUCCAGAAGACCAAGAAGGGAAUUUUCUGAUGAUAACACAAACUUGUGUUACAACUGUAGAAAACCAGGACAUUUCAUGGCAGAAUGUCCAUACCCCAAGGAAAUAUCUGAAUCAAAGGAUAGAAGAUUCAAGAAGGAUAAAAUGAAAGCUUUAAUAAGUGACCCUCUUGAGACAAGUGGGUCUGAGGAAUCUUCAAGUGAUGAAAGUGAUAGCUCAACGGAGGAUACUGCACUGCUGUGUCUUCUAAGCAUAACCAGUGAAUUAGAUUUCCAAGAAAAAUGCCUAAUGGCGCAUGAAGUAGAAGAAGACGAGGUAACAUCUAAAUCUUUUGAUUAUGUAAAUUCAUCUUUUUCUAGAGAAUCUAUAUUUCAAUUAAUGAAAGAUUGUCAAACUGUUAUGGACACUCAUUCUCAACUCAAAGAGCGCAAUGAUUCUCUAAUUCUUGAAAAAGAUAAAAUAAAUGAGAAAUUGCAAAAUGCUUUACUUGAGAUGAGAAACUUGAAAGCUGAAAAUAUUCGCCUUCAAGAAGAGUGUAAAGCUAGAGAAAUUAGAGAACAUAAUCUUAGGGAGACAAUAGCAUCAUUUACACAUUCAUCCAAAAUAAUGGAUAAAAUGGUAAAUAUGCAAAAACCCUCAGGAGAUAAAGCCGGACUGGGCUAUGAUCCUACAUGUUCUAAAAUUUCUGAAAAAUUGACUAAUUCUACUACUUCUUUAACUAAUAAAGCCCAAGUAGUAAAAUUUGUCAAAAGUCAAGAUAGCACUAUGAGACAAGGAAUUGGUUAUCAAACUAAUGCUAGAAUAAACACUGCAAGGCCGAAGUUUCAAAGCAAUAAUUUUUCGCCAAUGCAGAAUUUUAAAAAGCAUGAGUUUGGUUCUCGUAAGAGAUUUACCAAUGAGUCAAGUGCGCAAAGACCUCAUAGGAAACAAUUUCCGAUGAUGAGGUUUGGUAGGGAUUAUCCUACUGAAGAGGACUGGCAUGAUGAAAUCAAACCAUGGACAAAAACGAGGUUCAACGCAUUUCAUUUUAUUAAACAAAUGAAUGUUGGAGAAAUGCCAGCCCACAAAAAGAAUGUCCAAAUUCCUUAUAAUUAUAAUACUGUCAAUGGUUACAAAUCACCUAAUCUUGGAUUAAUGAGAUCUAGGUGGGAUAUUUGGUACUUUGAUAGCGGAUGUUCUCGACAUAUGACCGGCAAUAAAGCUAGUCUUGUAGAGUUCAGAAAUAUCAAAGGACCAAAAGUCAUAUUUGGUGGAAAUGAUCAUGGAAUAACAAAGGGAAUCAGAACUGUUAUCAAGAAUGGUCUAAGGAUUGAAAAUGUAUCAUACGUAGAAGGACUAAAGUUUAAUCUCCUUAGCACUAGCCAAUUCUGCGACAAAGGAUAUCUUGUAGAGUUCUUCAAAGACAAAUGCCGAGUUAAAGAAGAAUCCACAAAGAAAACUGUGCUCACCGGAAGGAGAAAAAAAAAUAUGUAUGUGGUUGAUUGGAGCGCAACGAAGGACUCUGUAUGUUUAAUGGCAAAUAACUCAAGCACUACGAGUUGGGAAUGGCACAGGAAAUUAAAUCACUUAAACUUCAAGUCUAUUAACAAGCUUGCAAAAUGUAAGUUAGUUGAAGGUUUACCCAACAUUGUAUACAAGAAGGAUCAAAUCUGUGAUGCGUGUCAGAAAGGAAAGCAAAUCAAGUCUUCUUUCAAAUCUAAGACACAAGAAUCUACAUCAAGACCUCUUAGUCUACUACAUAUGGAUCUCUUUGGUCCAGUAGACCCGGUACACUUGGACGAUAUUCAUCAAUAA